GGAAAACUUGAAAAGCAGCACAUUGCACCGUCUUAACCUCCUCUCCCACAUACACACGCAUCCCACAUCCCAAGAUGCCCGCCGUCCUCCCCAACCUCACUCGCCUACUCGCCGGCAUCCCCGUUCCCAAUACCCCCCUCAUCAACGCCUCCAUAUCCCUAGCCCACGCGUCCCUCCCCACCGACGGCUACAACCACGUGAUGCGCUCCUGGCUCAACGCCCAGGCCAUCAUAAACCACCUGCCUGCAUCCAACCGCUCCGCCAUCGACCAGGAGGCCGUCGGCGUGGCCGCCGUUCUGCAUGAUAUGGGCUGGGCGUUUGACACCGCAUUCGUAUCCGAGGACAAGCGCUUCGAAGUCGACGGCGCAAUGGCAGCUCGAGCAUUUGUAGAACGCGAAGGCGGCCGCGCGUGGUCUAGCAAACACCGCCAGCAGCUCGUCUGGGACGCCAUCGCGCUGCACACCACGCAGGACAUCGCGCGGUACAAGGAGGCCGAAGUGGCGCUCGUCUCGGGUGGCGUGGUGACCGAGCUCGUCGGGCCGGAGAUUGCCAAACAAAUGUUCGGCGACUUGAUUACUGUGACGCAGACGGAGUGGGAGCAGAUUGUAGCGGAGUUCCCACAGCCGGGGCUGAGGGGGUAUCUUAGGGGUGUCAUGGUGCGGCUCUGUGGGAUGAAGCCGGAGACUACGUAUCAGAAUUUUGUGGGGGAUUAUGGGGAGGAGUUUUUGGAGGGGUAUGAGAGGGAGGGGCAUAGGGACGUGGAUUUGCUAGAGAGUGUGUUGCCGGAGUGAGAUGGGGACGGGGGAUAUGGUAUGAGGAGUGUGGGUGGGUGGCGAAGAAAAGGGGGCGCUGUACGGAUUGAGAAGGCAAGAAGGAGAAGGGUUUGCUUCUUUAGACCGCAACGAAGAACUCUUUACACCUUACGAACCUCACUAUUCCCAUCAACACACCACCUAAGACCAUCAAUCCCCCCAUUACCGUCAAUGCAACCCCGAAGCCUCUAGCGUCGGC